UUUGUGCAGUCGUUCACCUGCUCACUCCGCUCUAUCAAGGUGUUGUGAAAGACGAGUUUAAAAAUAUUUACACCACCUGCAUGCAAGGUGAGCGAGGUGAGAACCUUUCAGGUAAAUAUUACCUGUCGCUCACUAUCGUUUCUCGAAAAUGUGCCACGACAGUGCUAUUUAUAGGCUCAUGAUCAGCUCAGUGAUGUAGUUCGUGGUGACAAGAAACUACCGGCACAGGUAUGAGGGAUGGAACACAUUUACAGAAUUCUUCUCAAAAGAGAAUGGUCAUAGAAAUGGACAGGUGGAUGAAGACAGUCGUUGAGAUCAAGGAGGCUCCUAGUCCUAGGAAACAGUUCAUUGCAAACGCCACAAGACUGUCUAGAAGAAGAGAUAAUAAAGAAAAAAGCUCUUCCGACUUGACAUACCAUCAUGCUGUUCCUGAGAUUCUCUGUGGACUUAUCAUUGGUGCAGGUGGUCAGUUCAUACGCGAGAUCCAGGCCAAGUCUUCAGCAUCUGUCUACCUGGCAAGAGACAAGACACCUGUGGAAGGCAUGCACAUUUUUGUCAUCCGUGGUACCCUUGCACAGGUGGAGGAAGCCGUCCGCCUGAUUUCCCAGAAAACUGGAUCUCAGGGUACAAUUUCACACCAAGCUCAAAAGUUUUGGCUGCAGUGGAUUCAGCAUGCUUUUCCAGAACUGGAACAUCAGACCUACUUUCUUCCCGCAAUAUUUCUAAAAAGAGUUCCUUUGACGACAGGGACGAUUGCUGGUCAACCAGUUUCUGUCCUCAGGUCCAGCAAACAUCAGAGUUCUUCACACUGCAGUUCAUUUUCAGGCUCCGAUACGACUUUCCCUUCCUGUACUCGUCCUGAACCACAGGGCACUGAGGACAAAAGAGUUUGCAAAGUCCAUGUCGUUCAAGGUGUGACUAACAAUAAUCAUGUGCCUGAUGUUCUGGACACGAAUCCUUUUAAUUUUGUGCCUGGGGUACCUCAGCCACUUCCUGUGCAGGACACCGACAUCAGAGAUGAUGCAGUUUUAGAGCAAGUUCUGAUGGCCCUCGAUAAACUGGGUGCGAAGAACGAAGAAGUCUUUUUCUGCCUGAGUCAGCUCAGGUUUGGAAUGUAUCUGGGGAAACCCUGUUACACAGCUGCUGCCGCGCAGCUCCCUCUACCGUCCAACCUGCCUGCACACCUGCCGAGCUCCUGGAAACAAGGCGACUUCGAUGUGCUGAUCAUCCACCGCCAGUACGGCAUCAUCACCUGCGAAAUAAAAAUCUGCGGGUACAACUUUCAAGACCUGCAACUGUCGCAGCUGGACAUAGACAAGCAGGUGACAAGAAAACUCAAACAGGCCGCAGGGCAGCUGGACAAGGCUGAAGCCGUGCUGCGCCACCUGGUGUCCGAUAUCGCACCUGGGCUGCGGAUCACGAAGGUUAUCGUUGUUCCUCAUCUUACAUCGGAGAGCAUUCAACGGGCGAUUACCAACGACUUCGACUUGAAGCAGGACUUGAGUCGAUGCCUUGGAGCGAAACCAGAUCCUGCAGACAUCACUGAACUUAUCCUGUGUGCUGACCAGCUACCAAUCUCGGAACAACCCUGGAAUAUCAGACAGGAAAUACAAAAAGAACUUGAGAACUGGUGGCAGCGCCGUGUGACUGCACCUGGACCUGACCCGGUCAUCAGCAGCAACCUUGACCUCUAUAAACUGCUUCUAGCCAGGUUCUGCGGGCCGGCCACAGCGGUGACCAUACCUUGUCUGUCUCACCCUCGUCUGUCCAUCAAGACUCUGGACCAGGGCGUGUCCGCGAUUGGCGAGUGCUUUGCUCAAAUCAACUUAUAUCCGGAACAAAUAGAAAUACUUCAUGCAGCUUGCCCCAGACUGUUUCUGGCAGGUCCACCAGGCACAGGCAAGUCUGUCAUGCUGCAGUUGCGAGCCGCGGAAUGGAUACGCGGGGGACAUGAAGUCCACGUCCUCAGCACCUGGGAGAAGAGUCGUCUGGCAUCCAGCAUUCUUUAUCACUUUUUGUUGACUGUUUCGACACAAAACAAAAAUCAGACAGAGCCAGAGCAUGCUGACCGAGUGCGACUCCACCAUUUCGAUUUUUGGAGAGGGAAAGACGAGAAAAAGGCUUUGAAUUAUUUCAAAGAAUUAUCUACAAAGAAGGGCUGCUUGUAUAUUGUUGCUGAUGAAGUGGGGCCUGACUAUUCAUGGCCAGACACUCACUUUCAGAACUUCUGCCUAAAGUUGAAGGAAGCUGUUCCUGAUCUCCAUCUCUGGGCAGCGAGCUGCACUCACGAAGUAGUUCCACCCUCCGGUUGGCACCUGGAAAUUCUCACCAGGCCCCUCCGCUGCCCCCCAGUGGUGGUGCGGGAGGUGGAGCAAGAAAAAGCCAUUUUCCAAGUGGGCCGAAUCCAGCGGUACGAGCAGGUGUGGGGGUCAACUCACUCGGAGGGACCUCCGGUCAAGACGCUGUGUCACAAAGGUCAUGGCCAUUCGGACAACGGUCCGCUGCAGUGCCGUCAGUGCGGCACCAACCUGGCCAGGUAUUUGAAGAAAUCUCUUCGUGUAGGUGCGACAACUGCACGGAACCCCAGUGGAGGUACACCGCCCUUUGUUGCCAGUCCCCCCUCACUGAGGUACAAAGAUGUCCUCAUCCUGUGUGUGGAGGCGGCCUGGGACACCUGCGGACUGAUCCAAGGACUGGCAGACGAGGGCGUACCCGUGAAAGUGAUGAAGGAGUCCGACACCGAUGACGUGGCAACGGCCACCAGUGACGUGGUGUGGGUAGCGGACGUCGACCACGUGCGUGGACUGGAGAAGAAAGUUGUGGUGUGCGUGGGUCGUGACUACGUGGGGCAGGCCACUCAAGUGCGACUACACGGACCGUCUCGCUGCUCCUCACAACUCGUCUGGCUCAUCUCCCCUCACGACAAACCGUUAGUUGAAAACGGAGAAACUCAAGAAAUCCACCCGUCGUAAAUAAACUACACGACAUUUUAAAAGGAGAUGCAAAAAUUUUUAAUGUAACUUUAAAGCGAAAUGGUAUUUAAAAUGUUACAUAAAUGAAGCAAGGCGAUACAAUCCCGCUCUUACAGCUCGAGAGACGCUGACAGUGACUGGAAGGUCAAAGGUUUUCUCUAAACAUUUCAGGUCAAACGGUUCUCUCCCCUUCCUCUAGCCGUUAGUACCUGUACCCGUGACAUUGUGUGGCUCGUGACUGUCAUGACUAAGUAUUGUUCGUGUAGCUAACUACCUCCCUUCAUCCUCAGUGUGACUCCUUCCCCUUCCCUCCCAAAAGGAAGCAGACAAUUACAGUCAUUGCUCCUCUUCUUCCUUUUGUUGUUAUUGUUUGAAAAGAACAAUCUAGAAUCUCAGUGACCGUGAUAAGUAAGUUUAAUAACUUUCUUCUUAUCAUGAAUGUGUAUCCUCUGUACAUGUCCUUGUUCUUAUGUAGUCAAUAAAAUUAAAUUAUAUUUAU